AUUAUUUUACUAUGUUAAUGGUGGUUGGAGGGUCCUGUUUUGCCCCAUUAUAUUCCACUAAUUUUGCCUUUUUUUAGUGUUUGUGCAUAAUGCUAAAUAGCUCAUUAACAUAUGUUCUGCUAUUAGCACGCGCAUAUUAAACAAUAAGUGGUAAUGCGCUCCCCAUAACUUAUAGUUUCGCGUCAGCAAAACAUAAAGGGGUUUCUAACAAGUUUAGGUGUUUGUUUUUUUUUGGACAUUUGCUCUUUCCUGCCGUAACUGCUCACUUCCAUCUUUGCUCUGCUCCAUUGUAUGCCAUAGCUUAAGUAAACUGUACAGAUUCUUGUACGUACACUUUACUAGCUGUUAUCGUAGAUCUUUUUGUUCUACAUAAGCACCGGCCUCUUUUUGGUUUUAAACGUCGCUCACGUGCAGCCCUAUCACGCUUCUAGAUGCUGACUACGGACCUCCCCUUAGUUAUGAAAAAGAAGGCUGCUGCUCCUCGACGCCAUUUUUAAAAGUAUUUUAUCUGUGUUAGGGAUACUAAUAGUUGUAUAUCAAGCUACAAACCUGCACAUGGCUUCCUAGGAUGGCUGUAAUUUUGAGUGAACCUUGUAUGGCAUACCAGUUAGUAUCGCUCGCUCUCUCUUCUGAUGGUUACAGUGCUAAGAACUAAAGGGAGAAGAGAUUUUGACUUCUUUAUGCCAGAAUGUGCUGACUGAGGGAAAUUGGCAGAAUACUGCUUGGAGGGCAGGAAGGUGCUCUGCUUUGUUUAUGUUUUAAACAGGGUCCUUUGUGUAGAACAGCUGAUUUUCAACACUGAGCAUUACACUCUGAGACCGUGUUGUCACACCACCCUUCAGUACAAAAUGGUGUCUUCUGCAUCUGAAAUAUGAAGGUAUUUUUUUUCUCCAGGUAUGUAUGCAGCUUCCGUAGCUGAAAAUUGAACAUUCACCAUUCACGUGGUGAAAUUUUCAUACAGUUCUGAAUUGCCAACAUCUGCAGUAGAGCUAUUUGGGAUUUUUGGUCACUGUUCUGAAGCAGAUUCUGUGAAGUUUUGAGUACAAUUUGAAUUUAACCAUUGAGCAUCUCGCGAGUCAACAGUUUUGCCCACUUUGCAAUAACCACACUUCUCACACCAAAUUGCAAUAUGACUAUUAAAAGCAGAGUAUGUGAAGACUGAAGUUUGUGUUGAAAGUUGGAAUUCAGUUUUUUGUUUGCAAAACUGAUUCAGACUAAUUUGGUGUAAUUACCAAAUAAUUUUAUAAGAGAUCCUGACCAUUUGUCACUAGAAAAGUUAAGCUUGAUUUUAUUUUCUGCUGAAAAAACACUAAGUGUGCAUUAAUGAAAGAGCAGCGUUCAGAAAUGUGGUCACUUCAGGAAAGGUUCCAGUUAAAGAGAGUGCCUUCAGGACGAAUGUCUUCAGGUAUGCCAGCUGAUCAUGAACCAGAGGGCUACACAAUGAACCUAAACACAAUUAUGUGUUUGCCACCUACAUCUGAAGAUCUCAGGCUUGUAUGGGCCCUGGUAGACCAAGCCAGUGAUCUGGAUGACAACAAACAAUUAAUAGAGUCCUUCAACAAAUUUCCUUAUCCUACAAUUACUGAGAUAUCUGUUUUGUGCGUCAGCUUUGGCCUCCAGGUGGACAAGGUUAAAGUGUGGUUCAUGGCUCAACGAGUUAAGUAUGGAAUCAGCUGGUCUCCAGAGGAGAUCAUAGAAGCUCGAUCAAAACUGUACCAAAAACAAGAACAAUGUCGUUUACAGUCUAAAAAAACCCCUCAAAAUUGUGAACAGCCUUCAUUUACAUACGAGCCUGCAGCACAGACAAGAACAUCUGAAAGUUGGAAAUGUGGAAGGGAUACCAAGACCUCUGGAUCUACAGUUCCACAGUCAAAAUCUACAAGUUCUGAUCGCCUUUCUCUUCCUUCCAGCCAUGGUCAUCCAGAGAGUAAAAGGUCAAAGGUCUCUGCUUCAGAGUCCUCUCACAAUUUUUCAACGCCGAGUGGUCAUACUGAUAAGAGACUUCAGUUGGCUAACUCUGGAAACAAACGACCUUACCUUCAGCAGUCUGACCCCACAGAGCAUCGGCCAUUGUUUGCUGACUUGCAGUUUACUGAUCCCUCAGAUAAAAGGCCAGAGUUUGCUAGCCCCACAGAAAAAGCAUCCAUUGUUAAUUAUUCUGGGAGAACAACACCAAAUAUCACCUCUACAGAGAAAAGACCAGUGGUGGUAGAUCCCAAAGAGAAAAGACAGCAGUUUGCAGAGGGCAUGGAGAAAAAGUAUAUUGGAUCCUUAGAGAAAAGGCAGCAGUUUCUUAGUUCUAAAGAAAAGACGCACAUUCCUGGUCCAUCUGAGAAAAGAGCACAGUUUCCCGGUUCUACAGAGAGGAAAAAAAUGUAUCCUGGACUUGCAGAAAAAACAUACUCCAGUCAUGUAGAGAGAAGAAUGCAAUUUGGUGAAGCUUCUCGGUCGUCUGCAAUUGCAAGAGAGUGCAAGAAAGAAGAGGAAGAAGUAGAUAUAUAUGAUUCUGAAGGUGGACAGCUUCAGGAAGGGGGAAGUAGACGAUGGUUUCGAGGAGCUGCAGGUAUGGCUACCUCAGAAUCUGGCAGCAGCAUGCAUCAGCAUUUACCAAAUCUGGGCAAAGAGGCCUUUUUUGUAUCUACAUUCAGUUCCUUUCAGAAAAAAGAAGUCAGUCCUGACUUGUUACGGGAUCGCGCUGAAUCUGUCGUAAGUGUCACGGAUGUGGCUGUAGCAGAGUCUUCUAGCAUGGAGCUUUGUGCCAGCAGGUUGAGAAAUGUCUGGAGGCCUUCAGACAUCAAUGGAGAGUCUAGUGGAGAGUCCAGUAUCAAACGCCGUCGGAAAACCAAAGAGCAAUUGGCUGUACUAAAGUCUUUCUUCCUGCGGUGUCAGUGGGCAAGAGAUAAUGACUAUAAAAUGCUGGAGGAGGUGACAGGAUUAACACGAACUGAGAUCACUCGAUGGUUUGUAGACACUCGUUAUGCACUCAGGCAUGGGCAGCUGCGCUGGUUCUAUGAGGGUAUUGUGUUGUCUCCAAGACGUCAUGGGCUCCAGCAGAGUCUUCCGCAUAGCCCACAACCGCUGAAGUCCCCAUCUUACUCUCAAGGCACUGAUGUGGACCAUGAACCCCUAGAGAGAUACUUGAGUAUUAAGGGUCAGUUAGAGGAGAGAGAUUUGGAGGCGCUAUGUAAAGAAUCUGGAAUGAACUACCAGCAGGUGUUGGACUGGUUCCUGUCACGGUCCCAGAGUACUUCAGAAGUUGUGGUGUCUCUGAGUGAUGAAGAGGACAUGAAAAUGUAGGCCUUUAUUAAAAAUAUCAGGAGGCAUGGAAUUAAUCAUUAAAAGAAAAUUUUUUUGAUAAGCUUGUCUUAUUUACCUUUUUCUUAAAUAGGUUAGCAAUGAUUUGCUAAAACCAGUGAAAUUCAUUUUGUCAGUUAUAGUUGAACAAAAGUAGAGGAAAUCAGAGUGAUUGGACAGGAAAAGACGCAAUGAAGUUUUGAGUUUGAAAUUACACAUCUAUGAUGCAACGAAGUUCAUUUGCCCGUCCACUUGUACUGUCAUCCAACUGGGACAGAAAGGGAGUAAAUUGUAGUAGCUGGAUUCAGACUUGCAUGUUAAGCAAGUCUGAGAAUAAACACCUGGACGCAGUACAGAAACGGUGCACUCCCUGUGCUGAUUAAAUAUUGUCAACUGUCAGCAUGCUUUUGCAAGCCAGGUGUUCAUGUUCAGUUUUCCUUUUGUAGCCAUGUACAGAUAACCUGAUUAAGUUGUGUACCCUGUUAGCUGUGUGGAUAUUGAAUUAAAUUUUAUUUUUUCUCCUUUGUAA